UGGGGACGAUCCGGAGGCUUGACGAGGUUGUUGUAUUGCUGCUGGAGAGGUUAUCCAGCGGCCUGCAAAUGCCAUCAAAAAGAUGACGGAAAACUGGCACUUGCCAGCGUAAGCCACGUGGCCACUGUUGUUCUGGAGAUUGCCCCUCACAACAUUGAUGUGAAUGUGCACUCCACUAAACACGAAGUGCAUUUCCUGCAUGAGGACAGCAUCGUAGAGAGUGUGCAGAAGCAUAUUGAGAGCAAUCUGCUGGGGUCCAGCUCCUCCCGCACAUACUUCACUCAGACUUUGCUGCCUGGCCCUGCCAUCACCUCUGGGGAUAUCCUGAAGCCAGCCUCCUCCAGCGCAGCUGCAGACACCAGUGACAGAGUGUACGCUCACCAGAUGAUGCGCACGGAUUUCCGGGCUCAGAAGCUGGACGCAUUUCUACAGCCGGCAAAUAAGACACAGACAGAACCCUCGUUGCUGGCGAUGUCUGAGAACGGCUCGCCCAGGCAGCCAGAGCAGCGCGAUGUGGACAUGGAAGAGCUGAAUGACAAAGACUUGAUAGCUGGCAUAUCUGAGGAUCUGGAUAUUGAGGACUUCAUGGGCGAUGUUAAAGAAACUGGAGACUCUGAAAACUCCUCUUUAGUGAACCCUCCUCCUCGGCCUCCAGGAGAUGCUCCAGAAUCACUCCUACAUGGGCUGUGUCAAUCCACAAUGGGCACUGAUACAGCACCAGACCAAACUCUACCUUCUCAACACCACCAAGCUCAGGCACACAUACCUUCCCACAGUUUAAAUCCUGGAACCAGAUUUUUAUGUGCUGUACAUUACAGCAGUAUUUAGAUGCUUCACUGUUUUUUUUUGUUUUAUAUAUCCAUACUAUAGUGCUCUGUGCAAAUUGUACAGUACUUUGGUAUUUUAACUCCAGUUGACUGAUACCCCACUGAGAUUACUUCUGUUAAAACCAGGCAUUUCUUUAGAUAUAUUGCAAAAUACUUAAAUUUGUGGUAUACUGAAGCCAUUUUUGUAACUUUUUAAAAAGAUUUAUUUAUUUAUUUAUUUAUUUAGUUUUAGCAUUCUUAUUCUUAUUAUUUUUUUGUAAAUGACAGACCCCUGCUCCCUUGUAUGAUCUGGCCGUGUUGGCACUGGAGAGCCCUGAUAGUGGCUGGUCUGAGGAGGACGGUUCCCAAGAGGGGUUGGCACAGUAUAUUGUUGAGUUUCUCAAGAAAAAGUCUGAAAUGUUGUAUGAUUAUUUUUCAACGGAAAUUGAUGAGGUCAGUGGAGGGAAAAAAAUAAAUAAAAAAAACAGUUUCUGCUGUAACUGUUUGUUUUUUUAA